AUGAACAAGGAGACUUUUGUCCAGUUUAUUCACUAAUGUAAUGCAAGGAUGAUAAAAUUACACAUGCGAGAAGUUUCCACAGCAUAAAUCCUUAUUCAUCGUAUUAGAAAAAGAAAAUUUUGGUGCGUUGGUUUGGUACAAGGCGUCGGCAAUCGUCGGUUGUUUUCGUACCUGAUUAUGUAUCGUUGACGUUAUGCCUGAGCCCAAACUGGUUGAAACCGGUUCUUAGGAACCAAAACUGUACAUCGAUCAUUCACUAUCAGAAGGUGGGUUUCAGAAAUAAAGACGACUGUACAGCAGAAGCACUGUUGUUUACGGAGUAUUUCUGACAUGUUCAUGGGUAUUUAGUGACUUCAGGAGCCUGUUCGGCAUCUUAGGAACGUAUCACCAUAACCCAGCACACCAGCUUUAGUUCCAUUUUCCUGCCGGUAACCUUCCAGUUCAAACUGCCGUCAGCUGAACCUGGGGAAAGGCGGAAGUAUUCAGGAACUGAGCAUCCAUGGUGAUCGGAAACAUGACCACGGUUGUGGAGCAGGCUGCCAGCAAGCUGCUCAACUUCAAUGAAAAACUGGACAUUAACUUGCUGGAUAAUGUUGUUAGCUGUAUGUACACUGGAGAGGGACCACAGCAGCAGCGUAUGGCUCAGGAGGUGUUGACCCAUCUGAAGGAACAUCCUGAUGCUUGGACAAGGGUGGACACGAUCCUGGAAUACUCACAAAACCAACAAACCAAGUAUUAUGCUCUGCAGAUCCUGGAAAAUGUCAUCAAGACAAGGUGGAAAGUUCUACCACGCAGUCAAUGUGAAGGCAUAAAAAAGUACACUGUUGGGUUGAUCAUCAAGACAUCACAGACACAGGAUUUUCUGCAGAAAGAAAAAACAUACCUUGGAAAACUGAACAUCAUCUUGGUGCAGAUUCUGAAGCACGAGUGGCCGAAGAACUGGCCAACCUUCAUUAGUGACAUUGUCGGUGCCAGCAAGACCAAUGAAGCUCUGUGCCAAAACAACAUGUUCAUCCUUAAGCUGCUCAGUGAGGAGGUGUUUGAUUUCUCCAGUGGGCAGAUGACACAAGUGAAGGCCAAACAUCUCAAGGAUAGCAUGUGUAAUGAAUUUUCUCAGAUCUUCCAACUGUGCCAGUUUGUCAUGGACAACUCCCAAAAUGCACCUUUGGUGGCAUCAACAUUGGAAACAUUGCUGAGGUUCCUCAACUGGAUUCCACUGGGCUACAUUUUCGAGACCAAACUGAUUUCAACUUUGAUAUAUAAGUUCUUGAAUGUGCCAAUGUUCAGGAAUACCACCAUGAAGUGCUUGACUGAGAUUGCUGGUGUAAAUGUGAGCCAGUAUGAUGACCAAUUCGUGAUGCUGUUCACCCUGACAAUGCAGCAACUUAAGCAGAUGCUGCCUCUAGCUACAAACAUCAAAGUAGCAUAUGCUCAGGGCAAAGAUGAUGAGCAGAACUUCAUCCAGAACCUGAGCCUGUUCCUGUCCACCUUCCUGAAGGAGCAUGGGCAACUAGUGGAGAAAAACCCAGAGUUACAUCCUAUCCUACUGGAGGCCCUGCACUACCUUGUUCUGAUCUCAGAGGUGGAUGAGAUUGAAAUUUUCAAGAUCUGCCUUGAAUACUGGAACACGCUGGCAGCAGACCUGUACAGGGAGAGCCCCUUCUCAUCCACCACCUCUCCCCUCCUCCUGGGCGGCCAACAGCCAGAAGUCCCGCUGCGUAGACAGCUGUAUCUGCAGGUGCUUUCAAAGGUGAGGCUGGUGAUGGUGUGUCGGAUGGCCAAGCCUGAGGAGGUGCUGGUGGUGGAGAACGAGCAGGGAGAGGUCGUCAGGGAGUUUAUGAAGGACACAGACUCCAUCAACCUGUACAAGAACAUGAGGGAAACAUUAGUGUACCUGACUCACUUGGAUUAUGCAGACACAGAACGGAUUAUGACAGAAAAGCUGCAGAAGCAGGUGGAUGGAACAGAGUGGUCAUGGAAAAACCUCAACACACUUUGUUGGGCUAUUGGCUCCAUCAGUGGGGCAAUGCAUGAGGAGGAUGAGAAAAGAUUCCUGGUUACUGUCAUCAAGGAAUUGCUGGGUCUAUGUGAACAGAAGAGAGGGAAAGACAACAAAGCCAUCAUUGCCUCCAACAUCAUGUAUGUUGUUGGACAGUAUCCCAGGUUCUUGAGAGCUCACUGGAAGUUCCUCAAGACUGUUGUCAAUAAACUGUUUGAGUUCAUGCAUGAAACCCACGAAGGUGUGCAGGACAUGGCCUGUGAUACAUUCAUCAAGAUAGCUCAGAAGUGCAGACGACAUUUUGUGCAGGUGCAAGUUGGAGAGGUCAUGCCAUUUAUUGAUGAGAUUCUUAACAACAUCAACACGAUUAUCUGUGAUCUUCAGCCACAGCAGGUGCACACGUUUUAUGAGGCAGUGGGGUACAUGAUUGGAGCCCAGACGGACACAGUUGUGCAGGAACACCUGAUAGAGAAGUACAUGCUGCUUCCCAACCAGGUGUGGGAUGGCAUCAUCCAGCAAGCCACCAAGAAUGUGGACAUACUGAAGGAACCUGAGGUUGUAAAGCAGCUUGGUAGCAUCCUUAAGACCAAUGUCAGAGCCUGCAAGGCUGUGGGACAUCCCUUUGUAGUACAGCUUGGUAGAAUUUACCUGGACAUGUUGAAUGUGUACAAGUGCAUGAGUGAAAACAUCUCAGGAGCAAUUGCAGCAAAUGGUGAGAUGGUGACCAAGCAGCCCCUGAUAAAGAGCAUGAGGACAGUGAAGAAGGAGACUUUGAAGCUGAUCUCAGGCUGGGUCAGUAAGUCCACAGACCCCACCAUGGUGCUGGAGAACUUUGUUCCUCCACUGCUGGAUGCCGUGCUGAUUGACUACCAGAGAAACGUGCCAGCUGCCAGGGAGCCGGAGGUAUUGAGCACCAUGGCAACCAUUGUCAACAAGCUGGAAGCCCAUAUUACCACACAGAUUCCACACAUCUUUGAUGCAGUGUUUGAGUGCACAUUGGAAAUGAUCAACAAGGACUUUGAGGAGUACCCUGACCACAGGACCAACUUUUUCCUACUUCUACAAGCAGUUAAUACCCAUUGUUUCUCAGCCUUCCUGAACAUUCCACCUGCUCAGUUCAAGCUGGUGUUAGAUUCCAUCAUCUGGGCUUUUAAACACACCAUGAGGAAUGUUGCAGACACAGGGUUGCAUAUCAUGUACCAGCUGCUACAGAAUGUGUCUCAGGAGGAGAGUGCUGCCCAGUCCUUCUACCAGACAUACUACUUCGACAUCCUGCAGCACAUCUUCUCAGUGGUAACAGACACUUCCCACACUGCAGGGUUGACCAUGCAUGCCACCAUCCUUGCCUACAUGUUCAGCCUGGUGGAGCAAGGGAAGGUUCUGGUGCCACUCAAGGCCGAGACACAAGCCUCAGAGAAUGUGACUACCACACAGGGUUUUACAGCCAACUUGUUAAGCCAAGCAUUCCCACAUCUGCAAACGGCACAAAUCAAGGUGUUUGUAACAGGCCUCUUCAGUCUGAAUCAAGAUAUUCCACAGUUCAAGGAACAUCUGAGAGACUUCCUUGUGCAGAUCAAGGAGUUUGCGGGUGAAGACCUGUCUGACCUGUACCUUGAGGAGCGCGAGUCUUCUCUCAAAACUGCCGAGGAAGAGAAGCGCAAGGUUCAGCUGGCUGUGCCUGGCAUCAUCAACCCACAUGACAUGCCUGAGGAGAUGCAGGACUGAUGUGGUGGCAACAGCUCUUCAAACUGUGACACAGUCUACUCAGAAUUACUGUUCUGUGAUUUCCACUUUGUACACGUCCAAUUGUUACACUAUUGUCAAAGCAGCAUUCACAUGUUGCGAGGCAUAUACGAUAACAUUGCUCCAGCCCAUUGCAACAGCAAUUUAAGGCAAACUCUAACCUAAUAGUCUUUCUCUAAUGCCUUAUUAUCAGUGUAUUGAUGUUGUUAAUGUAGGAUCUGCCUUAGCAGCAAAAUAGGUCAAGUGAGUUAACCCACUCAGGAGACUUGUGAUCUUUGAGGCAUUUAAUCAGGAUACUAUUUUGAUGAAAAGCUCUUCCUAUCGUCUUUGUAAUGAUAGUACCAAUAAGGAUUAAUAAGGUUGUUGUAUGCUAUAUUAUACACUCUGACCAAUUCACAUUGAGCUGCCUUUGAAAAAGGUUUGUUGCGGAUGUGCCAGUGGUGUAUGGAACCAAAGUUUCAUGAAAGUGAAGGGAUAGGAAGGCAGCUACUCAGUCAACCAUUUCCUUUGUCAAUGAAGAUACCUUUCUAAGCAGGAAAUGAGGAUUCUUGAAAUGGAGGAUUUGGUGAAGAAGAUGUCAUAAUUGUAUAAUAUUUCCGAUAUCCCAUAGUUAGAGAGAAUAUUUACAUUGGAACUAAAGUGUUGGCAAUAAUGCAGUAGAGUUUGUAUAUACAUGUACCAGUAGGUUUGUUCUGGUGAGCCUAUGGCAGCUAUGUUUGAACAUGUCUUGCUGCCAACCCAGUCAGAUAUUGUGCAAGGCUUUGUGAGGUUGCAAAGGGUGGUAUUUUCUUUAGAAAGGGUACCAUGAAUAAAACUGUUCAAGUAAGGAUGGGAACAAGUGUUGAACUGAAGGUAAAAGGUUUAAGUGCAUUGUAACAUGAAUUCAAGGCAUGAGGGAUGAUGAAGGCUUGGCUAAUAUGUAUGUACGAAUGUUGCAGAAUUGCUAAAUGUUACAGUUAUGUGUGUAACACUAGUGACAACAAUUAUGUGGCCAUGUUGCAUACAUGUAAAAUUUGCUGUUUGUAAAGUGUUAUUUUUCUAUCUACAUUUUUUGGUAAGUACUGUUUAUCACAUUUAGGACAGUGUUUCUGGCACUGGUCAGUUUUGUCUUGGAGGGAAACAAACAAAUCUCACCAGUUCAUAGUUGUGUGUCUUCAUUUAUUGGAAGCAAAUGUAUUGUCACAUCAUGUAUCAACAUUAUUAUUUGUUACGCAUUUUGUAUUAACAUAAAAACACUGACGGGCAUGCAGCUGUCAUUUUGAAACAUUAGUAGAAUAGUCUUUGUUAUAUUUUGUUAUUGAGUUAUUUGUUAUUGUACUGAUACCAUUUGUGUCUAAUAUUUUGUCACUACUCUUGCUUUUGUAUCAAUCCCCCUAGCUUGAGCCAUUAAGUAGUUUGUCAUAAUAAUUACUACCAUUUGGAAAUUCACUCCAUAUUUACAUGUAUAUGAAAAAUAUAUGUCAGUAUUCAGCUGUAUUUGGUGCAUGAAACAAGUCUCAUAUUUGACAAAACUACAGUCAAGAAAAGCGAACCUAUCCAUUUAGAAAAUAACCAUCAGUAUAUUUCCAUGCUUCUGUGGGAUGAUCCUUUGACUAGUUGAAUGUAUACAGAUGUAAUUGCUGAAAUUCAGCAUAAUUAUGUGAUGGCUCACUUUUGUAGGGCUGUUGGUGUAAUCAUCUUUGUCAAACCAACAUGUGACAUCAAUAAAAGUUUGAUGAUGUUGA